AGGGAAUUUCAGGAUGCAGUGGGAGGGUCUGUUGAUUAACAGUGUUGCUCCACACACUGCUGGAAUGGGGGCGGAGCGUUUGGGAGCAUAAAUGGAAGGCGGGCAGGUUGAGGUGAACACAAGCACCUGUAUUGAGCGCUGUGGACUGCUUGCACUAACUGUGUACACCAUAACUCACCUCUUGUGGAUUUAACAGAUUUGUUAAACUCUUGAGAUACUAUGAUGUCUUUCUCACUGCGGACAUCUCUGUUUAUUUCUGCUACACUGUGCAUGCUGCAGCAAGGGUUCGGAUAUCCACUUUCCGAAGCAUCCAGCGAUCCACCUGUUCUAAAGCGGGUUCGUACCAAGCGCUGCUCCUGUAGCAGCUGGUUGGACAAGGAGUGCAUCUAUUUCUGUCAUCUAGACAUCAUUUGGGUCAACACACCAAGUAAAAUCACACCCUAUGGUCUCGGAAGUCCUCUGUCCCGUCGUCGGCGUUCUACCGGCCGUUGUGAAUGUGCGAUCCUGGCCGACCGUACCUGCAUCACUUUCUGCUACAACAGCUCUGAAGACUCAGAUAUGGUGAUUGUGACCCAACUUAAUAACCAGUCAAACAACAUGGACAAAGCUGGUGAUCGCCUACUCGAUUCUCUCAGGAAGGCAGUAAAGGAAAACCUCAUGACAGCUUCACACUCUGUGUCGCCCAAAAAGAAAUCCAGAUCUAUGAAUCUCUUGAUUAGUUAGAGAGAGAUGGGUUUGAUGUACUCACGAGCAUCUGAACAAAACAAAUCCUGGAUGAAGAGGAUUCAUUUGGGAUCUGCCUCGUAGGAAGCAGACACAACCCUAGCAGAGGUCUCUCAGAAUUCAAGACAGAAAUACUUCAGCUGAGGACAAAGACAAUGUGAUUUAUUUGGUGAAAAUAAGAACAGAUAAACAUCUACAUGAGCGAAGUGGUGACAUUUCCAAUGGACUAAGCUGAAAUCCGAAGUGGUAGUCUUUAUGAAUAUACUGCAGCCAGCCACUUGUAUGCUAAAUCAAUUUGAGAAGAUUUGCAGGACGUUACAGUUGGUUGCUUAUAAGAUGAAGGUUGGAAUUUUUUUUAUGUUAAAAUAUUUCCUCCUGUCCCUUUUUGUUUUUUUUGGAACAUGCCGACCAGGCCGACAAAGCAACAUUAGUACAACCAGUGGAAGACGAGGGUCGUUCAACCAUUAUUUAUGUAAUUCCGUUUUGUGCCACACAGAAAUAACACCCUUCACCUUUAACAAUGAAAUAGUUCCUUCUUGAAAAGAAACAUUUUACAAUAUAGUCUUUACUUUAACUUAUUGUUUUUAUAUGACAUUUUCUCUGUAUCAGAGCUUCAUUGAUGUACUCUAUACAGUAUAUAUAUAUAUAUUUUUUUUUAUAUGUUUCUCUGCUUUGCAGCGCUAAAGCUUCUAUUAUCAAUGGCUCAAGAAAUUAUCCAAAUGUUUUCGAGAAAAGAAAGAAAAGCCGUAGCGCUUAGGAAUGUUGAUCUGUUUUCUUUGUACAACUCUUCCUUCCCUCAUUUUUUUUCCUUCCGUGAAGGUGGAAGUAUUUACUGCAUGCUUUCUGUUCAAUGUUUGCAUUGUUCAGAAUGCCAGUAGGUUCAAUAGCUCAAAGCCUGCCAAAACUGCUGUGAUUGUUCUUCCUAAAGUACAAACAGGCUGUUGAGUAAUUGUCCAAUAUAUAAAAGUUCCCAUUACAGCCUCAAAAUACCCUCAAUGCAUUCUUGUUAUGACUGGCUAUUUAUGUCCUGUAUAUUAUGCUUAUUUAUAUGUAGAGUUUUGACUACUAUUUUCAUAUUUAAUUAUGCCAAACCUGUCUUUUUUUUCUUCAUAUUAAGAGGACUAUUUAAGACUUUAAGACUUUGUGUUUUUCACAGAUACUUGAAUGUUUAAACUUGAAUUGUUUAUGUCCAGCAGUCAAUUUGUUUAUUUAUUUAAUUUAUAAUUAAAUGUAUUUGUACAUCUA